AUGCCACGAGAACUACAGCAGAAAGUGGUUUUAUGCGUGCAGGUGAAUCAAGAGAUUCCAGCAGAGGAAGGAAAAUGGUCCAGGACGAACAGCACCCAUCUCUCCAAUGCGGAGAGUUUGGAGAAUAUCGGAGUCAAGCUUCAACACCUGGAAGGAAGACAGAGAGCGGAUCUGAUGGACCUGUUGAGAGAGAAUGCAUCUCUUUUUACCGACGUACCCCGACGCCACAAGAGUGUGACGCACGAGGUAGAGGUGACGGACGCCAGGCCCAUUAAACAGAGUGCUUAUAGGGUCAGCCCUGAGAAGCGAGAAUUGAUAAGGAAGGAAGUAGAGUACCUUAUUGAGAAUGACCUUGCUGAGCCUAGCAACAGCGAGUGGAGUUCCCUGUGUUUGCUGGUUAAGAAAAGUUAA